GGAGGUGCAGACAUAUCUGAAAAGCAUAAACCAAGCUGAAGAAUGAGGUCUGCAUCUUUGUUGAUUCUCAUGGGUCUGGUUGUUUUGCUGGCAACCUGCCAGGCUGAAGGCGAGAACAACCAGACUGUCACUGAGCCCACAGUUGAAGAGCCAGAAAAAAAUUUGAUAGAGACAGAGGACAAAGAAACAUUCAGUCAGGAGCUUCAAAUAUUAACAGCUGAGGAAUCCAACACAAAAGCUGAAGAGACAGCAUGUGAACCAAACAUCUACACAGUGCUGAAAGAGCUUGGGGCUCUUGAAGAGAGGCAGAAAGCCACGGUGAGAGCCCUCGAGGAAACCAACAGAAAGCUGGAAGCCAGCGAGAAGAAUGUUGUUAUUCUUAACAACACACUGAAAGAGAUGAAAACUAUUUAUGAAGAACAACAUCAUGUGGCAUUUUUUGUAGCACAGCCAGUAAGCGGAACCAUUGGUCAAGUGAAUGUUCUUUAUCCGCUGGUAUACAAACAAGUUCUGUCCAACAUUGGAGGUCAUUACAGUCCAGUGACGGGCUACUUUACAGCGCCUGUGAGAGGAAUCUACUACUUCUCGUUUUCUUCAUUCUGCUGGGAAGGUGAUGGAACCACUGGUGGAAGUCUUUAUCAAAAUGGUAACGCCCUUGUGUCAUGGUAUGGUUACAGCAAAAGUUCACCCAUCACUGGUUCCAACAGCGCCGUCUUGCUGGUGGAGGCUGGAGACAUGGUGAAUGUCCGCCUCUGGGAUUCAAGGAAAAUCAGCGAUAAUGGAUAUCUUUAUUCCACAUUCAGCGGAUUCUUAAUCUCCCCACUAUAGAAAAUGAUGAAAGAAAAUUCUAAACAGAAACUGAUCUUUGAAUAGAAGUUCAUGAAUAUUUUAUUUUCUACAAUCACUUUAAGGCAACUACCAUGUGCGAGUUAUGCAGUUUUAUACACUGAGAAAACAUUUUUAUGGAGUAUGAUGUUUUUAAUUUCUAAUGAAAAUGAAUACCCAUCACUUGUAUGAAAGAUCUGAUCCUGAAUAUUGUAAUAGUAUCUUGUACAGCUGCUAUAAAUAAACUGUAUAUUAAAGUAUUGAAAAUAAUAAAGCUAGUCAACCUUUCAA